CUCCGCAAGGCGCCAGUCCGCCUCCGAGAUUCGGCCUCCGGCCUCUAGUGCCCCCUGGUGUUCGUCUCCUCCAGCUCCAACUCCAAGCCUCCAACCUUCAAGAUGAAGAAGAAGGAUGUUAGCUUGUUGAAUUGUGGGACAAAUCUUCAAAGGCAAGGAAAAUAAGUUCUACAUCCAUGCCAACUGCUCUUCCCGUUGAGGUUGAGAGCAACCUACAGCUAGCACUAGUGCAUACACAUGACGAAGCUCCGCAGCCGAAGAAGGAGAGAGGCUCCCCGUCCCCAAUUGUAGAAGAUGAUGAAGUGGUUCAUGAAGAUGAUGAACCAAGUCCCCAUUUCAAAGCAGAUUUGGCAGCUCUGGAACAUGACCCUGGCAAGCGAAUUCCCGUAUCUUCAUAUCAUGUCAAUGACUGGGAUGUAGUUAGAAGGAGAUACAUUAACUUGGGAGCUUUUCAACCAAAGGGUCAGAAAUUUGAGAUCACAGAUUUUAGUGGACAUCUCCGUCGCUUUUGUCCUUCUUGGUUUAAGGAUCACAAGUGGCUUGAGUAUAGUGUGGACAAAGAGGCCGCUUUUUGCUUUGUUUGCUAUUUGUUCAAGGAUAAAACAAAAAGCCCCGGUGGAGAUUCAUUUGUUAAGGGUGGGUUUAGAAACUGGAAUAUGAAAGCAAGAUUGACAAGGCAUGUUGGUGAUGUAAGUAGUGCUCACGCUGAAGCUCAAGAGAAGUAUGAUAUGUUCACUACACCACAAACAUCAAUUUGGGAGUCUAUUGCUUCAAACACCUCACAAUACAAGGUUUUGUAUAAACAACAUUUGACAUGGACACUCAAGUGUGUGAGAUUUUUGUUGCGCCAAGGCUUGGCAUUUAGAGGACAUGAUGAAAGUGAAGACUCGCUAAAUAAAGGAAAUUUCCUUGAGCUUCUAAAUUGGCUAGUAGGAAAUUUUGAAGAGGUUGAUAGGGUUGUUCUCGAGAAUGCUCCACAGAACUGCAAGAUGACUCACCAUGAUGUACAACAUGAGGUGAUAAAAUGUUGUGCACAAGAGACUACUAAACUAGUCAUUGAAGAACUUGAUGGUGGUCAUUUUGCAAUACUUGCAGAUGAGUCUAGUGAUGUGUAUCAGAAUGAACAGUUGGCUGUUUGCUUGCGUUUUGUUGAUAAGAAAGGAAGGGCAGUUGUAAGAUUUCUUGGUCUUGCUCAUGUUGAAGAUACUACCUCUUUGACACUAAAAGCUGCAAUUCAGAAAAUGCUUAUGGACCAAAAUUUGACCUUUGCGAUGGUUCGUGGGCAAGGAUAUGAUGGAGCUAGUAACAUGAGAGGUAAUGUCAGUGCCUUGAAAAAACUGAUUAUGGAUGAGUCCCCUUCUGCCUACUAUGUUCAUUGUUUUGCCCUUCAACUACAGUUAACUCUUGUUGCUGUUGCUAAGGAGAGUGGUGAUUGUACUUGGUUCUUUCAGCAGCUUGCACACUUGUUAAAUGCUCUUGGCAUCUCUUUUGCAAAAAGAUUAGAAUGCUUCGGAUAG